UUCCACGUCAGCACCAUGAUCUGCCACACCACCAUAGACCCUCCUAUCAGAUUUCUCAUGAGCCAGCCUAUGAAAACAUCCACAUCCACCUUAAUUAUAGUAUCCAUUUCAUCUUCCUUCCCUACUCCUCCGCCAACAUGGCCCCAUUAGCUCCUUCCCUCGCCAAAUCUGAAAUGCUAGGUAACCCUCUGAAUUUCAGUGUUUGGGCCAAGUCAUCAGCUCCCACACCCUCAAGCUCCGACACAUUCAAGACCGUGGCUCUUUUCUCCAAGAAGAAGGCUGCACCUCCUCCCAAGUCCAAGGUUGCUUCUGUCUCCCCAGCCAAUGAAGAGCUCGCUAAGUGGUACGGUCCCGACAGAAGGAUUUUCUUGCCGGAAGGGCUGUUAAACAGAUCAGAGAUCCCUGAGUACUUGACUGGAGAAGUCCCCGGAGACUAUGGAUACGAUCCGUUUGGUCUGAGCAAGAAGCCAGAAGACUUUGCCAAAUAUCAAGCAUUUGAACUGAUACAUGCAAGGUGGGCGAUGCUUGGUGCAGCUGGAUUCAUCAUCCCAGAAGCCUUUAACAAAUUUGGUGCCAACUGCGGCCCUGAAGCCGUUUGGUUCAAGACAGGAGCUCUUCUCCUGGAUGGUAACACCUUGAACUACUUCGGCAAGAAUAUCCCUAUCAACCUUAUUGCUGCUGUCAUUGCGGAGAUCGUUCUUGUUGGUGGAGCUGAAUAUUACAGAAUCAUUAAUGGCUUGGUGUAUAUAUAUAUAUAUAUAUGCCUGCCUCUCUACUACUAUUAUGAAUAGUAACCUUUUACCAACCAAACAUUAUUAAUUAAUUAACAAAAUUUUGCCAUAAUUUAUUUAGGAAUUGGAGGUCCAUUUGACCCACUUGGGCUGGCCAAGGAUCCUGAGAGGUGUUCAUGGGCCAGGCCAAGUCGGGUUCGGGCUGAGCCCAGAAAAAUUUUCUACCCACAUCCUAGGCCCGGCCCAAAAUAUGAGCCUAAAAUUUUGUCCAAACCUGGCCUGAGAAAAAUUCUUAAGACCGAGCCCGGCCCGGCCCGGCCCAUUUUUUAAUAAAAACCAAAAAAUUAUUUUGAAAAUAAAAAAUAAAAAAAGUAUUGUAAAAUUUAAAAAUAAAAAUAUAUUUAUUAUAUUCGGGCCAGGCCCGGGCCAAAAAAGUGGUGCCCAAAGUCCGGCCCGUUUUCUAGAUGGGUCCCGUUUUUUUGCCCAAACCCAUAUUUCGGGCCUAUAUUUUUACCCGAACCCUCCCAUAUUUUGGGUGGGCCGUCGGGCCAGGCAGACUCUAAUCCUGACCAAGCAGCUCUGCUCAAGGUGAAAGAGAUAAAAAAUGGUAGACUGGCAAUGUUCGCCAUGCUGGGUUUCUACUUCCAAGCCUAUGUCACUGGAGAAGGUCCCGUUGAGAACCUUGCCAAACAUCUCAGUGACCCUUUCGGGAACAACUUGCUCACCGUCAUUGCUGGAACUGCUGAAAGAGCUCCCACCCUCUGAUUUUAAUACUACAUUUUAUCAUAAUCUGCAACACUACUCGUUGCUUGCGUCUAUUCUAUGCAUCAAUCGCUUGUACAUCCAGCUAAGCUAGCACUUUAAUCUUGAGUAGAGGCUUCAACUUCAAAUUUCAA